UGUAUGUACAUAUGUAUGUACGUAUGUACAUACAUAAGUACAAAUUUGAUAUAUCGUGACUAAAGGGGCGUUAUGGGAUUUACUGAGGUGACAGCUACAUAAAUUAUAGCAACACAAUUGUCAAUCAUUUUGAGUCCUAGGCAAAUGUUAAUAGAAUGGCUCCACGGCUAAUCGUGUAAGUGCGAGAACCAGUUGCAGUCACUCCGGAUGGAUAUGGAGGUACUCGGCGUGCAGCCAUUCUCCAACUGCACAGCAAUCAGUACGGGUAUCUGUGUCUCUAAACCGGUGGACUUUGCCAACUAGUUGAGCAGGCAGCAGAUGUCUAGGAAAUAUACAGAGUCCGACUUAGUGAACCAUAAACAGACAAGCGUUAAGUACGACAAAAUAUUCAAACAUCAAACGGAUUCGACUGGCUUCGAGUCUGCGAAGUAGUAUUCUUUCUUAGAUAUGUACGUACAUAGUUUAAGGGGAUUGCUGUGUAUCUAUUUAUCUAUCCGCUCAUGUUUUGGACAGGAUGACAGAUUGAUCAAUUGUGAGUGCGGGCACGUCGUUCUCCCCAUUAAUGAAAACAAAUCCAAAAUGAAUAUUUGUCAAUUCUUCAGACGAAACGGUCAAGAAUUUUGAAUGUUCCGUCUCUGGCCUUGGACCAAGUAGGAAAGGCAAAGAAACGCUUGGGGUCUGACCACAAUUCGGUUCGAACUAGCCAAAUUACAAAUAAUUACCAAAAAACUACACUCUGAAUAGUUUAUUAGAGCAGUUUGUUGCCAAACAUGAAGAUGACUGAUUGCGGGAGCACCCUUCUGGGCAUCAUAUUUCUGGCACUACAGUUGGAGGGCGAUACUAAAGUUAUUCAUCAACGCAUGAAGAAAGAAUCUCGGCGAGGGGAUCUGAACGCGACUUUUUCCCAGACUUUGCCACACGCAGCCAUCAACAUCACCGAAGUGGGCCUGGAAAAGACACAGCCCACUUCCACCAGACGGACCGUACGCAUUAUGCUCGUACAAAGAGUCUCUCUUAUUCAGAAAGGCAGCGGGAAAGCCGCUGGACCAUGGAUGACCUGGCACAUCGUUGAUUACGGAUUGCGCAAUUCAAGUGGUAACCAGUGAGGAAGCUAACUUAAUCACCCCUUCAACUUUUACAUCACUUUUACAUACCCUUGAAGUGAAGGAAUUUUAAAAAUUGCAGAAGAAUGUCCUAUCGCCCCUAAAGCUCAAGAUGUGCAUUAUUGUACCCAGGGACCGUAAUCAUA